AUGAUGGUAGUGAAUAACGAUUUAAGUGAUAUUGAAAAGUCAUAUAUGUUUGAUUCACCGGUGUCUACUGACCAUUCAACACCUGGACAAAAAGGACAAGGAAGAAAUAUCAUUUCUGUUUAUUCUGAAGAUCAAAUAUUUAAAAAAGGAAAUAUCCAACAACAACAACAACAACAAGAAAAUAAAUCAUUAAAUAUGAUAGAGACUCCAAGUAGAGUUCCAAGUAGAGAUAAACAAUAUGAAUUGUUGAAAUCACCUACACCUAAUCCUAAACCUAAACCAAUCAUUCCUGAACGACAACAAGUAAGACAAGAGCCACUGACUCAGGAAUUUCUUAAUGGUAGAUUAGCUAGUGAUAAUGGAGGUCGAAAAGUAUCUGAUAAUUCUGAUAGAUUAAGUUUAAAAAGACCAAAUGAUAUGCAUUAUAAUCAUAAUAGAAAUGAUAGCAAUAGCAGCACAAUUACCUCAUUACCUAGUGUGAAUCAUGAAAGUAAACCAUUUUUUGAUCCUCAUGAUAUUCUAGAAGUUCCAAAGCAAAAUCCAUUAAAUCAGGAAUCAAUAUCAUUUCAAAAACAAAUUCAAGAAAAAGAUGAAUAUAUUAAACUAUUAACACGACAAGGACACGAUGAACGAGAUAAAAACAAGGAAUUAGAAAGAGAAAUUAAAUUAAUUAGAGAUCAAUAUUUAUUACAAGAAACUAAGCAUCAACUAGAAGUGGAUAGAUUGAAAUUUGAAAAUACUAAAGCUAUGUAUGAAAUAAGCCAAUUAAAGGAUGAAAUUGCUAAAUUACAAAAUGAAACUAUAACACUUAGAUCUAAAACACAAGAACAGAUGCAAAUGAAACCUAGAUUCGAUGAUUUUUUCAAUGAAAUAACUCCUAUAGUUGAAGAGAAAGAAGGUGUUAGUCAUGCUCCUCAAUCAAAGGAACAUGCGCGUCCUGAUGUAUCAAAUGAAGAAGUUAGUCCGAUUGAUGAUGAAAAGGUACCAGUGAGUCCAACUAAAGAACAACAGGAGGAAGAAGAUUUAAUUACUCCAGUCAAAAAGGUUAUCAUAUCUUGCAACAAGUCAACACAGACAAAUAUUACUAAGAAUCAAUCUACACAAACAGAACCACUGUAUGACAACAUACCAGACGAUGCUGCACCUGUUACAACAAGCAAGGAUCUCAAUCAAGAAGAGCAAUCUCCAAUACCAGAUGAUGACACUAUAGAAAUUCAACCAUUACAAGACCUCAAACCAAACAAAUAUCCAGAGUUUUCAUUGUCAUCGCUUGAUCCAGAAGUUAUUCCGUAUUAUAAAGCUUUGAAACUUGAUUUGGUUGAUGAAUUAAGUGCAAGGGAUAAAGAAUAUUUAAUUAAGAAACUUAUGAGUAAGUUUAUGAUUAAAUUUGAUAUAUUAGAUGAAUCAAUUCAAAGAUUUUCGAAAUUCAUAUUGAUAUGUUAUGACUAUCUCAAUCGAUUACAUCAAGUUGUUUAUCCGGGACAUAAGUUAAAAUGUUCUGAUUAUUAUAGAGGCAGAGCAUAUAGAAACGGUAAAGUUGAUGAAGAAAUGAUUGGACUACAAGAGUGUCUCGAAGGUAUGAUACAUGUAAUUAAUGAUAGUUUACAUGGGGUUCAAGUAUAA